AUGGCCAAAUAUAGUCAGGUCUUCAGAUCCCAGAUAUUCUACCAAACGGGGAAGACAGUAGGAGGGAAGAAGAAACAUGAGAAGUAUGAAACCAUAGAAAGAGAAAAAUCCUGAGAAGAGGAAUAGAACACACUGGAACAUGGUUUAUUAAAAGCAAUGCAUGAAGAUAAAAAAUAAUCUAUAGAAGACAGGUACAGUGACUAUAAGAAACUUGGGGAACACUACCAUCUGUCCUCCAGUCCCACACAACAUCAAGAGAUUCUAAAAGGCAAGAAAUUCUAUAGUUGUGAUGACUGUGGCAAAGCUUUCAACUUAAGUCACCACGCAUUGGCCGAUCAGAGAAUACACACUGGAGAAAAACCUUUUGAAUGUAAGGAGUGUGGCAAGACCUUCAGAGCAAACUCUCAACUUAUAGUUCAUCUCAGAACUACACAAGGAAAGCCCUAUGAAUGGAGAGAGUGUGGAAAAGCCUACUGGCAUAGCUCCCAUCUUGUUUAACAUCAUGAGACUAAAAAUGGGGAGAAGCCAUAUAAAUGUAAUGGAUGUGGAAAAGCCUUCACUCAGAGUUCUCAACUAAUGGGCCACCAAAGGGCCAGAGGGGGUGAGAAACCCUAUGAAUGCAGUGAGUGUGGAGAGGCCCUCAUUCGGAGUAAAAGUCUUGCCCGACAGCAAAUACUUCACAUUGGUAGGAAGACCUACAAAUGUCCUGAGUGUGGAAAAACUUUCUAUUCCAAGAGAUAUCUAAUUGAUCACCAGAAAAUCCACACUGGAGAGAAGAUUUAUGAGCGCCACGAAUGUGGUAAAGCCUUCAGUGGAAGUAAGUGUCUUACUUGACAUCAGAGCCUCCACUCUGGGGAAAAACCAUUCAAAUGCAGAGAGUGUGAGAAACUCUUCAAUCAAAACUCUCAACUCACUGACCAUGUAAAUUCUCAACUUACUGACUAUACUGAAGAAAAACCUUUUGAAUGUCGAGAGUGUGGUAAGGCAUUCAACUUGAGUAAUGUAUUAUUAUUCAUCAUCAGACUUCACACUGGUGAAAAACCCUAUUAGUGCAAUAAGUGUGGGAAAUCCUUCAAUCAGAACUCACACCUCAUUAUACAUCAGUGAAUUCACACUGGUGAAAAACCUUAUGAAUGCAAUGAGUGUGGGAAAGUCUUCAGUUACAGCUCUAGUCUUCUGGUACACCUCAGAACCCAUACAGGAGAGAAACCUUCUAAAUGCAAAGAUUGUGGGAAAGCCUUUUGUGACAGCUCACAGCACAUUGUGCACCAGAAAAUUCACACUGGAGAGAAACCUUAUGAAUGUACGGAAUGUGGUAAAGCCUUCAGUCAGCAUUCCACUUUCAGUCACCAACAGCAAACUCACACAAAAGAAAAGUAAUCAGGCCUACCUCAAUUGGCCUCUUAA